CUUUUCCCUACUAAAAACCCUAAACCAAAAGGAAAAGGAGAAGAAUAACAGCCACCAUGACUCGCAGGACAAAGCACAAGGGAAAAAACAGGCGUAGGUCUGAAACCAAUGAAGGAGAGCCAAACAAGGAGUGUCUCAAAAAAGCGGUGUUUCCAGCUGAUGCAUAUUCUAAGUUUGCAAACGUGGCUGCUUCUGCUGAACCGAUGAUAGUUUUUAACGAAAGUACUCCUAAAGAGUGGUUGAGAAAUGUCGUAUUUCCAGAUAAUUGGGAUUCUAUCGUGGAAAUGUUGGAAAAGGAAAAAGAAAAAAAGGGAAAGGGAAAGGAUAAGGAGGGAGAUGGAGAUGGGGAUGGCCGCAAGCGUAAAUUGGAUGAAUGUAGUGAUAGAAUUGUUCCAGUUUUUUCUAAGAAAACUAAAGUUGAAGAGCCAGGAGAUCAAGAUGAUGUUGAGAAGAAGAAUAAACGGGACUCUGAUGCUGAAACUGAAAAGAAGACCGAGGAGGAGAAGGGGAUUGUGGAUGAAGAUAUGGUUGAAGCUGGUUCACAUGAUACAGACAAGUGCAAAGAGAUUGAGGAGGCUGUUUCUCUUGUUAAUGAUGCAGGGGAUGAUGGAAGUGAAAAGAACAAAGAAAGCGAGGAAGCCGUUGCCGUUGCUCUUGUUAUUAGUGCAAAUGACGCAGGGGCUGAUGAAAGUGAAAUGAAGAAAACGAAGAAGAAGAAGAGGAAAGGAAAAGAGAGUGAGGAAGCUAUCGCUGUUGAUGAUAGUGCUAAUGAUGCAGGAGCCGAUGAAAGUGAAAAGAACGAAGUUAGCGAAGAGGCUGUUGCUAUUGCCGUUGAUAAUAGUGCUAAUGAUGCAGGAGCUGAUGAAAGUGAAAAGAACAAAGUGAGCGAGGAGGCUGUUGCUAUUGCUGUUGAUGAUAGUGCUAAUGAUGCAGGAGCUGAUGAAAGUGAAAAGAAUAAAGAGAACGAGAAGGGUGUUGCUGUUGCUAAUAGUGCUAAUGAUGUAGGAGCUGAUGAAAGUGAAAAGAACAAAGCGACAAAGGAAGCUAUUGCUGUUGUUGAUGGUGCAAAUGAAGCAGGGGCUGAUGGAAGAGAAAAGAACAAAGCGAGCAAGAAGGCUAUUGCUGUUGUUGAUAGUGCAAAUGAUGCAAGGGUCGAUGAAAGUGAAAAGAGGAAAAGGAAGAAGAGGAAAGGCAAAGAGAGUGAGGAGGCUAUUGUUGUUGAUAAUAGUGCUAAUGAUGCGGGAGCUGAUGAAAGUGAAAAGAACGUAAAGAGCGAGGAGGCUAUUGCUGUUGCUAAUAGUGCUAAUGAUGUAGGAGCUGAUGAAAGUGAAAAGAACAAAGCGAGCAAGGAGGCUUUUGCUGUUGUUGAUAGUGCAACUGAUGCAGGGGUUGAUGAAAGUGAAAAGAGGAAAAAGAAGAAGAACAACAAAGAGAGUGAGGAGACUACUGUUGUUGAUACUGCAGAUGAUGUAAGGGGUGAUGAAAGUGAAAAGAAGAAAAAGAAGAAGAAGGACAAAGAGAGUGAUGAUGCUAUUGCUGUUGAUAAUGUUAGUGCUAAUGAUGCAUGGAGUGAUGAAAGUGAAAAGAACAAUGAGAACAAGGAGGCUGUUGCUGUUGUUUUUUGUGCAAAUGAUGCAAGGGGUGAUGAAAGUGAAAAUAACAAAGACGGCAACGAGGCUGUUGCUGCUGUUAAUAGUGCAGGGUGUGGUGAAAGUGAAAAGAAGAAAAAUAAGAGGAAGAAGAAGGGCGACGAAGAGAGUGAGGAGGCUAUUGCUGUUGUUAAUGGUGCAAACGAUGCAAGAGCCGAUGAAAGUGAAAUGAAGAAAAAGAAGAAAAGAAAAAGAAAAGAUGCAGUAGAGGAGUAG